CAAGCUCGCUGGGGCAGGAGAAGGGCAUUUCAUGGAGUAUUCCUUCUCCGACUCCUUGCACAACUACCAGUCGCCGGAAUCCCCCGCCGCCUCUGACGAGGCCUCCCCAUCCCUAUUCCCCACCCUCACUCUCGACCUCUUCUACCCGGACGUCCCUCUGCCCUUCAGCAUGAACGAGUCCGACGAGAUGCUGCUGCUCGGAAUGCUCGCGGGGGCCUCCGGCGAGCCACGGGAGCAGAGACCACUCCGCCUCAAGGAAGAGGAAGUAGACUCUUCGCUAAACAAGACCGCCGAGGCGGAGGCGGAGGCGUCGGAGCAGGUGAAAGCGGGAGCACGAGAAGCGAAGGAGAAGGUUUACCGGGGCGUGCGGAAGCGGCCGUGGGGGAAGUUCGCGGCAGAGAUCAGGGACUCAACGCGGCAAGGCGUCCGGGUGUGGCUGGGGACCUUCGACAGCGCGGAGGCUGCGGCGAUGGCCUACGACCAGGCGGCUUUCACGAUUCGCGGCACCACUGCCGUGCUCAAUUUCCCAGUGGAGCAGGUCCGGGAGUCGCUACUCGGAAUGGACCGCACGGAGAAGGAGGAGGAGGUGUCACCCGUGUUGGUGCUCAAGCGCCGCCACUCCAUUCGGCGAAAGUCGAUGAUCAAGAAGGAGAACGCUAAGGAAAUGACACGCAGCAAUAGUAACAGCAGUAGCAGCAGCGGCGGCAGCAACGUGGUGGAGUUUGAGGACCUGGGAGCAGACUACCUGGAGGAGCUUCUGAGGACAUCAGAGGUUGCUGCCAAUCCAUGAUGAAUUCAUGAAAUUCAUCCUCUGUUUUUUUAAGGAGGCAAAUCUCUACCCUGUUCCUAGAUUUCUUCCUCCAACUAACAAGCAGUUGCUUCCUUCUUCCUAAUAUAUGUAAAAUGAAGCUUUUUAAAAAAAAAAAACACACCAUGUGCAUACUGAUACGG